CCCCACACACACACAGAUACGCUCACCAGUCACCAGAUAAAUAUUUGCAGCUCUGCGAAAGCCAAAAUCUCCGGGUUCUGAUCUCCAGCAUUCUCUCCAAGUUUCAGGGUUGUGACCAGAACCUCCUCUGCCUCCUCCUCCUUCUCCUUUUCUAAGUACCCCCCCCCCUCCUGUAGGUCUCUCCACCGCUGUCAGAUCCACUUGGACCGCUGUCAGGGUCGGGGAUAACGUGGGUGACCCUUUUUUUUUUUUACCUUGGUGACAUCCAGCCAGGAAGGGGUUAAGCUGCAAAGCUUAUGAUAACAAGCCUUUUGUCACUGAGUCAGGGGAAGGAAAGAAGGAAGCCUGCCUCCGGAUAAUAGGAAUUUCUGUGCCCCAGCCACUUCCAGCAGCUACGAUCUCAUGGAUGGGAGCGAAGGGACUCACAGAUGGGAACCGGUUAACGACGCCGUGGAUGUAUCUCUGUAAUUGCUCUCUGGCCAGCGAGACUCUCCUCUGAAUCUUUCAAAGAGGGCGCAGAGUGGCUCAAGUCCCCCUUCUUCUUGGCGUAUGGGUAAGAGUAGAGUCAAGACCCUCUACAAAAUGCUCGGGAGAUGGGUGCUGGUGUUCUUGGCCAGUUGGGUGGUUUGCCACGGCUCUCAGGAAGCCCAGAACCUCACCAUUGCGGUGCUGCUGCCCAAAACCAGCACCUCAUACCCGUGGGCACUGCCCAGGGUCGGACCCGCCAUCCAGAUGGCCAUCGACCGCGUCAACGCCGACCGCGACCUCCUCCCGGACUUUCACCUCUGGGCGGUUUACGGCGACACCGAGGACAAGCACAAGAGGUGCUCCGAGUCGGCCGCCCCGGUGACCGCGGUGGACAUGCAGUUCCUCUACCACCCGUACGUCUUCCUGGGCCCAGCGUGCAUUUAUUCGGCCGCUCCGGUGGUCCGCUUUACCGAGCACUGGAAGGUCCCCCUGAUCACGGCCGGAGCUUCGGCAUUUGGGUUCGGAGUCAAGGAUGAGGAGUACAAAUACAUCACCAGGACGGGAGUUGUCCACUCCAAGCUGGCCCAGUUUUUGAUGCACAUCCACCAGCAGUACAACUGGAGCAGUCGUGCCAUGCUCAUAUACAGCGACGACAAGGACGACCGCGCCUGCUACUUCACCAUCGAGGGAGCCUUCGUGGAGCUGCCAAAGUUUAACAAUAUGACCGUGGUGGAUACGAACAUGAAACAGGACGGAGUGAUCAACCACACCUCCACCAUCCAGUACAUCAAGCAGAAAGGGCGCAUUAUCUACAUCUGCUGCCCUCCGGACGACUUCCGCCAGCUCAUGUUGCACGCUUGGCGCGAAGACCUGUGCUCCGGCGACUACGUCUUCUACUACAUCGACAACUACGGCGCCAGCCUCCAAGGCUCCACCUUCCCUGACUAUCAGCGGCCCUGGUACAGAGGCGACGCCGACGACGCCAAUGCCAGGGAGGCGUUUAAGUCAGUGAUGAUUAUCACCUACAAGGAGCCGGAGAACCCAGAAUACUUUGAAUUUCUGCAAGAUCUGAAGAGCUACGCCCCCAAAUUCAACCACACGAUGGAGAGCACGCUGAUGAACACGGUGGCCGCCGAUUUCUACGACUCGGUCAUGCUGUAUGCCCAUGUGGUCAACGAUACCCGAGAGAAGGGAGAGAGCAUUCGAAACGCAUCCGCCAUCAUCAGCCACAUGUGGAACAGAACGUACUAUGGGGUGUCGGGAUUCCUGAGGGUGGACGACAACGGGGACCGGGAGAACGACUACUCGCUGUGGGACCUCUCGGAGACGGGCGGAGACUUUCAGGUGGUGGCCAAUUACAACGGGACUCAGAGGAGCAUCGUCCGGGUGCCGGGGAGGGAGAUCCACUGGCCGGGAGGGGCGGCGCCCAAGGAUGUCCCGCCCUGCGGAUUCGACAACAGCAACCCGGAGUGCAUGAAAACCAGCUUCUCUGUCCUGGAAGUCACCUCCAUCGUCAUUUGUUUCAUCCUCCUCGCCAUCGCCGUCUCCUCCGUCUUCAUAUACAGGAAGCUGCGGCUGGAGAAGGAGCUGGCGGCCGAGCUGUGGAAAGUGCGCUGGGAGGACAUCCAGACUAGCAACAUGGAGAAGAACCUGCGCCGAGCCGGCAGCAAACUCACCUUGUCUUUGAGAGGCUCCAACUACGGCUCCCUGCUCACCAUGGAUGGCCAGUUCCAGAUUUACGCCAAGACGGCGUACUACAAGGGGAAUGUGGUCGCUGUGAAGUACCUGAACCACAAGCGCAUCGAGCUGACGCGGAAGGUCCUCUUCGAGCUGAAAUAUAUGAGGGACGUCCAGAACGAGCAUCUGACCCGAUUUGUCGGGGCGUGUAUAGACCCGCCCAAUAUCUGUAUCCUGACCGAAUACUGCCCCCGGGGGAGCCUGCAGGACAUUCUGGAGAAUGAGAGUAUUACUCUGGAUUGGAUGUUCCGGUAUUCCUUGAUAAAUGACAUUGUGAAGGGAAUGCUGUUCCUGCACAACAGCGUCAUCGUGUCCCACGGGAACCUCAAGUCCUGCAACUGCGUGGUGGACAGCCGCUUCGUCCUGAAGAUCACCGACUACGGACUGGCCAGCUUCCGCAGGGUGGUGGACUUGGAGGAUUCUCACGCUUUCUUUGCCAAGAGGCUGUGGACGGCCCCGGAGCUCCUCCGCAUGGAAUCCCCCGACCCUCAGGGGACCCAGAAAGGAGACGUCUACAGCUUUGGCAUCAUACUCCAGGAGAUCGCUCUCAGGAACGGGGUCUUCUACAUGGACAGCGCCGACUACAGCCCCAAAGAAAUUAUAGACCGAGUCAAGAGCCAGGAGAAGCCGUACUUCCGACCGUCCACCAACCUUUACUGCCACAUCCAGGAACUGGGGGUGCUCAUGCAGAGGUGCUGGGCGGAGGACCCCCUAGACAGGCCGGACUUCAAUCAGAUGAAAGUUCUGCUACGAAAGUUCAACAGGUGAUGAUGACCUCCAUUCUGGG